AUGCCUCCCGCGAGUUCUAAAAAAAUCCCCAAGACCCCUUCGAGUCGCAAAUACAGCGCCCACAUUGAAUACGAACUGCAGUACACCCGGUGGAUCCUCAAAUCCCUCGGAAUUUGGUCGAUGGUGUCCGAUAACACGACUAAUUCAGACAGAAUCGCGUCUUUUUUCCUUAUUAUUUUCAAUCUAUUCGCUAUCGCGUUCAUCUUAAUUCCGUGCUCCAUGCACAUGUUGUUGAGAGAAAAAAAUCCCAGGAGGCGACUCCUUCUGAUCGGCCCCAUAGGCUUUCGCAUCUCCAACAUUUUAAAGUACUUCUCCAUCAUGUUUCGAGUUGACGUCAUCAAACAGUGUCUCAAUCACGUGAAGAAUGAUUGGUCUGACGUUGCGUCGGAAGACGAGCGGAAACUCGUCCUGAAGAGUGUCGAGGUGGGACGGAAUUUGACGCGUCUCUGUGCCAUUUUUAUGUUCAGUGCUGGGUUAUUCUAUCACACGGUGAUGCCACUGCUGAAGAAGAAGAGAGUCAAUGCGUUCAAUGUGACAAUCAGACCGCACGUCUACCCCGGCUACGACUUUUUCGUCGACUCUCAAGCUUCUCCAACUUAUGAAAUAAUCUUCGGCACACAUUGUGUUUUCGCCGUCGCUGGCUAUUUCAUGACUGUCGCCGCUUGCAAUCUGGCUGCCACAUUCGUCAGUCACAUUUGUGGACAAGUUCAAAUUAUGAACUUGAAGCUUCAGGGUCUCACUGGGAAUGAGAAAUCAAGCGUUGCGGAGGAAAUUGCCUCUGUCAUCAAGUGUCACGUGAAAGUAUUGAGAUUGUCCAGAAUGAUUGAGAAAAUCCUGCGAGAAAUUUGCCUGGUGGAAGUGGUGGCGUCGAGUCUCAUCAUAUGCCUGCUGGAAUAUUACUGCAUGACGGAGUGGAAGAACAGCGAAACGGCAUCAUUAAUUACGUAUUUCAUGCUACUGACAUCACUGACGUUCAACGUCUUCAUUUUCUGUUACAUCGGAGAGAUACUGAAAGAUCAGUGUGAAGUUGUGGCUGAGCUCACGUACAUGGCCGAAUGGUAUCAGAUAUCCAGUAAAAAUGCCCUCCAACUUGCGCUCAUUAUCGCAAUGGCCAGAUCCCCGCGGAAAAUCACUGCUGGAGGAAUGAUGGAACUGACGAUUCAGAGUUUCGGAGCCGUCAUCAAAACGUCGGUAGCAUACCUGAAUAUGCUGCGAGCCGUCGCUGAUUAGUAGAUUGUAAUUAGCUUCUGAAUAUUUAAGUCAGUUGGCACUA